AUGGUUUUGUUAGGCAGAAAUCUUGAUGUACAUAUAUCUACAGUAAAACGCACAGCACUUGAUGAAUUACUUGAAGAAGAACCAAAUAAUUACACUGACGAGUUUUCAAGUGAUUUAAAAUCAGGAAGAACUCGAGCAUUUAGACAUCAAUGGUUGCAUGAAAACGGUUCGUGGUUGACAUGUUCAGCUCUUGAGGGUGUGAAAGGAGCUUUUUGUAGAAUAUGUGUGUUGUUCAAGCCAUCAAUUUAUAGAGGCGUACAAGGUGGAUUUAUAAUAAAACCGUUUACGAAGUAUAAGGAUUAUUUUCAUGCAUCUUCUAAAAUACAUUUGUCUUCAAAUUGGCACACUGAAUCAAUGUUAAGAGCAAAAGAUUUUAUGGAUAUUAUGAAUGGUAAAACAAUUAGUGUUAUUGAACAAGUAAAUUCUGGAUUGCAUAAAGAAAUAGAAACUAAUAGAACUCAAAAUGAAUUAAUUACAUUGUGUGGAAAAAUAUUAAAAGAAGAAAUAGUAUGUGAAGCUAAUGCCGCGAAUGCGUUUUCCAUUAUUGCUGACGAAUCAGCAGAUAUUUCUGGUGUUGAGCAGCUAACAAUUGUAAUUAGAUUUUUAGACAAACAGUCAAAGAUUCGAAAAGAAUUCCUUGGCUUUUUACCCUUAGAUAAAUUAGACGCAGAAUCAGUUGCUACUAAAAUUUUAUCAUUUAUGGAAGAUAGUGGCCUUAAUUUAGGUAAAUUUUGUGGACAAGGUUAUGACGGCUGUGCUACAAUGGCUGGCAAAGUAGGCGGCGUUGCUAAAUUAAUUCGUGACCGAUAUAAUAAAGCUUUAUAUUUCCAUUGUGCUAGUCACCGAUUAAAUUUAGUAAUUAACGAUCUAAACAAAAUUAUGGUUAUUCGUAAUACUAUUGGCACAAUAAAAGAAAUUAUAAAAUUUUAUCGUGAAAGUACCCUUCGAAGAAAUCUUAUACCUAACAUACCACUUUUUUUGCAAAACACGCUGGUCUUCAAAGUAUAA